UCUUUAAAUACUCACCAACCAUCUUUCUUUUUCUUCCCUAACUCUCACAAUUCCAAACCCAACGAGAGAGAGAGAAUUAUGGAAUUAGAACGAAACCAAGCAACUAGAUGGGAAGGAUAUGUUAAUUGGAGGAACAAGCCAGCUCUCAGAGACCGCCAUGGUGGCAUGCUUGCAGCUUCCUUCGUUUUAGUGGCGGAGAUAGUGGAGAGUUUGGCAUAUCUAGCAAAUGCAAGCAAUUUGGUGUUGUAUUUGAACCAGCACAUGCACAUGUCACUGUCCAAAUCAGCCAACGAUGUCACAAAUUUCAUGGGAACGGCCUUCUUCCUUGGCCUCCUUGGAGGUUUCUUAUCUGAUGCUCUAUUCACCACUUAUCACAUCUUCCUCAUAAGUGCACUUAUUGAACUCCUGGGGUUGAUUGUACUCACUGUACAAGCACGUUCACCUUCACUACAGCCACCAACAUGUGACUCAGCCACCACCCUAUGCCAUGAAGUUAGUGGUGGAAAAGCAGCAAUGUUGUAUGCGGGUCUUUAUCUAGUGGCUCUUGGAGUUGGAGGGUGUAAGGGGUCUUUGCCAUCACAUGGUGCUGAACAAUUAGAUGAGAACACCCCAUCUGGAAGGAAGCAACGAUCAACCUUCUUCAACUACUUUGUCUUUUGCUUGUCAACUGGUGCCCUUAUUGCAGUCACAUUUGUGGUGUGGGUUGAAGACAACAAAGGCUGGGAAUGGGGUUUUGGAAUCUCUACUAUAAGCAUAUCUUUGUCUAUCCUAAUCUUCUUGGCAGGCUCUACUACCUAUAGAAACAAGAUCCCUUCUGGAAGUCCACUUACAACCAUUCUCAAGGUAAUGGUUGCUGCUUCUCUUAACAGCUUCAAGGGAAACUCUAGCAGUGUUAUGGUGGAAGAAACUGUCAGAGAAACCAAGGAAAUUGAAGCCCCAACAAAUACCCUCAUAUUUCUCAAUAAAGCAAUUGAAAACAACAAUUCAUCAAUGAAAUGCACUGUGGAGCAAGUAGAAGAUGUUAAGAUAGUGUUGAAAGCACUACCCAUAUUUGGUUGCACCAUUAUGCUAAAUUGUUGCUUGGCUCAACUUUCCACUUUCUCUAUUGAACAAGCAGCAACUAUGAACACCAAACUUGGUUCCUUCGCUGUGCCACCAGCCUCCUUACCAGUUUUCCCAUUGAUCUUUAUCUUGAUUUUGGCGCCAAUCUAUGACCACGUCAUCAUCCCUUUUGUAAGAAAAGUGACCAAAACAGAGAUGGGCAUCACUCACCUCCAAAGAAUUGGAAUUGGAUUAGUCCUCUCUAUAUUUUCUAUGGCAGUGGCAGCAAUUGUUGAAGUGAAGAGGAAAAAUGUGGCCAUUCACUCAGGCCUCUUAGAUGAUGCAACCAAACCAUUACCCAUAACAUUCUUUUGGAUUGCUCUCCAGUACUUGUUCCUUGGUUCUGCUGAUCUUUUCACCUUUGCUGGGAUGUUGGAAUUCUUCUUCACAGAGGCACCAAUUAGGAUGAGAUCUUUAGCUUCUUCACUCUCUUGGGUCUCUCUAGCUAUAGGGUACUACCUAAGUUCAGCAAUUGUAUCAAUAGUAAAUAGUGUCACUAGUAUUGGCUCCCAUAAACCAUGGCUAUCUGGGGCCAACCUUAACCACUAUCGCCUAGAGAGGUUUUACUGGCUUAUGUGUGGGCUAAGUGUGUUGAAUUUCUUACACUACUUGUUUUGGGCUAUCAAAUACAAAUAUAGAGGAAAAGGAACUACAAUUGAAUGAAGAAAACAAAGGAAAAGUUUUCAAGUGUUAUGCAUAAGGCCUCAAGUUUCAAGGCCAUUGAUAUCAAAAUCUUUACGAGUCAUUCUUCGAUAUUAUCUUAUACAUACGUACGCACAUAUAUACAUAUAC